GACAUCAUUGAUGGAAUGAAUGCCGCGAGAGAGCUUUAAAGCACCUCUUCCAGUCAGCACUAUACUUGGAUGCUAUUACUCUCACGUCGUCUCCGUUGUUUCGCUCACCAUUCACCAUUGUUACCGUCUCCUAUGUCGCUUUUGAGAAUGUCGUCGUUGAAGACUAUUGCAGUUCUUGAUGAAUCCGAGUUAAAGGAUGGCGAUAUGAAACAAGUAGAUUUCGAAGACGAGGGCAAGGUCUUGCUGUCACGCUUAGGCGACGAGGUUCACGCCACAAGUGCAUUCUGCACCCACUAUGGUGCCCCACUUGCAAAGGGUGUGCUCACCGCUGAUGGCAGAGUUGUUUGUCCCUGGCACGGAGCUUGCUUUAAUGUCUGCACUGGUGACAUCGAGGAUGCACCUGCACCUUCUGCACUCCACCGAUUCAAGGCAGAGGUUCGAAAUGGGAAGAUUCAUGUCACUGCAGACCCCGGGAACACUGUCAAGGCCAAUUUCUCCCGUCAGCCUAAACUGCUUGCAACAACAGCAACAGGUACACACGGCUCUGGCGUAGUGAUCGUUGGUGGUGGAGCUGCAGCCUUCCACGCCAUUGAAAGUCUGCGCGAGCAUGGAUACAACGGUCCAAUCACAGUGUUGUCAAAGGAGUCAUACGCACCUAUUGACAGGACAAAGUUGAGCAAGGCUCUUGUUACCGACGCAUCUAAACUUGAAUGGCGACCAGCAUCCGAGCUCCUUACCAAGUAUGGUACAGCGCUGCGCCUUAGCACAGAGGUCACUUCCGUCGAUCUUGGGUCAAAGACGGUGGUCGUCGGGUCUUCGAAGGAACAUGUGCCGUACGAAACCCUGAUUCUUGCGACUGGGGGCACACCCCGCAAGCUUCCUGUCGAAGGCAAGGAUCUCAGUAACGUUUACACCCUUCGAGGUGUGGAUGAUGCCAAAAGAAUCGACGCAGGUGUAAAGGAGGGGACACGUCUUGUAGUCAUCGGGUCCUCUUUCAUCAGUAUGGAGCUUGUUGUCGCCGUGCAGAAACGUAACCUGGCGUCCAUCGACGUUAUCGGAAUGGAGGAGUUCCCCUUCGAGACUGUCCUUGGCAAAGAACUCGGUAGCGCGUUGAUGAAAUUCCACCAGUCCAAAGGUGUCAAGUUCCAUAUGAAGUCGAAGGUUUCCAAGAUCGUGCCUUCCGCGUCGGAUAGCAGCAAAGUCGGCUCCGUCAUCGUCGGUCUGCCCUCGGGCCAAGAACUCGAACUCCCAGCAGACGCAGUGAUUAUGGGAGUAGGUGUCGCGCCUGCCACGGAGUAUUUGAAAGCGAGCAAAGGAUUCGAGCAAGCCGUCGACAGGACCGGCGCAGUCACGGUGGAUGAGUAUUUGCGUGUUAAGGGCCUUGAUGGAAGCGUUUAUGCUAUUGGGGAUAUUGCAUUGUACCCUCAGCCUGGGACCGGAGAAUUGAGGCGUAUUGAACAUUGGAAUGUUGCUGGAAAUCAGGGACGUGCGGUGGGCAAGACUAUUGCCGAAGGAAAGGGACAACCAUUUGUGAAGGUGCCGAUAUUCUGGAGCGCCCAGGGCCAACAGCUCAGGUACUGCGGUGUUGGUGCCGGCUUCGACGACGUUAUUGUAGACGGUAACCUCGAUGAGCUGAAGUUCGUGGUAUACUACCUCAAGCAGAACAAGGUUAUUGCAGUCGCCAGUAUGCAACGCGAUCCUGUGGUGAGCAAAGCGUCGGAGUUGCUCAGACUAGGCUUGAUGCCAUCGCCUGACGAGUUGAGAGCUGGCAAGGACCUUUUGUCUGUCGAUAUCCAGACCGUCAAGGCCAAGCCCAAAGUUGCGUAAAAGUCAUGAGGAUGACUCAGAAAGGCAAAGAAAGAAGCUAGAAGUAUACCAUUGUCGAAGCGGACUCUCGACUCCUGUUGUAACAACUUAGCGUUGAGUUUGUAUGAGUAGAGAUUGUACUUGUAACCUCAUGAAGUAAAGAUUGUAGCCUCUUG